CACACACACACACACACACACACACACACACACACACACACAGAGUGAGGCCCCUGAUGACACGUGAACACACACACACACACACACACUCUCGGUCUCCAGAAUGACACAGCUCUGAUCGGAGGGAGGUGAUCUCUGAAAUUGCUCAGUGAGCACCCCUAAUUUCCCUGAUUUACGUAUCGCUGUCAAUCACACCCAAUGGAAUCCAAUCAGAAAGCAAGCGGGGACGGACUGGCGGGGACGCAGAAGGAAGCAGCACUGCGGGCACUCAUGCAACGCACAGGAUACCAACUGCAGCAGGAGAACGGCCAGCGGCGGUACGGCGGCCCACCACCCGACUGGGAUGGCCCACCACCAGAGAGAGGCAGUGAAAUCUUUGUGGGGAAACUACCGAGAGAUCUGUUUGAAGAUGAACUGGUCCCUCUGUGUGAGAAGUUUGGAAAGAUCUACGAGGUGAGGAUGAUGAUGGACUUUAACGGAAACAACCGAGGUUAUGCCUUCGUCACCUUCAGCACCAAGCUGGAGGCCAAAGCAGCCAUGAAGCAGCUCAACAACUAUGAGAUCAGAAAUGGCCGCCUCCUCGGAGUUUGUGCUAGCGUUGACAACUGCCGUCUGUUUGUGGGCGGGAUUCCCAAAACCAAGAAGCGCGAGGAGAUCCUAUCUGAGAUGAAGAAGGUCACUGACGGGGUCAUGGACGUCAUUGUGUACCCCAGCGCCGCCGACAAAUCCAAGAACCGAGGUUUCGCCUUCGUCGAGUAUGAGAGCCACAGAGCGGCUGCCAUGGCCCGCCGCAAACUGCUGCCAGGUCGCAUUCAGCUGUGGGGCCACGCCAUCGCCGUGGACUGGGCAGAGCCUGAGGUGGAGGUGGAUGAGGACACCAUGGCAAGCGUCAAGAUACUGUACGUCAGAAACCUGAUGCUGCAGACCACAGAGGAGACCAUUGAGAAGGAGUUUAACAGCCUCAGACCAGGCGCAGUGGAGCGAGUGAAGAAGAUCAGAGACUACGCCUUCGUCCACUUCACUCAGAGAGAGGAUGCCAUCAACGCCAUGAACGCACUCAAUGGAAAGGUGGUGGAUGGCUCUCCUAUCGAGGUGACUCUAGCCAAGCCGGUGGACAAAGACAGUUACGUCCGUUACACCAGGGGGACGGGAGGACGGGGAGGUUCCCUGCUGCAGACCGACUAUGCUGCCUACACUCUGGGACAGGUGUACGACCCCUCAGCGGCGUAUCUCGGUCCGCCUGUGUUUUACGCCCCCCAGGCCUACACUGCCAUACCAGGUCAGUUCCGCUUCCCACCGGCCAAAACUCACGUUGGAGGUCGAGGUCUGAUCAGAACGCCGUCUGUUAGAGAAAUUUACAUGACUGUACCUGUAGGGGCUGCCGGGGUGCGGGGGCUGGGUGGGCGGGGCUACCUGGCCUAUGCUACCGGGGUUGGAGCCAUGGGUCGAGGCGGCAGCGGCAGUGCUGCCUACGGCCUGAAGGCGGACAAGCAGGCAGAGGAGAAGCUGUAUGACCUGCUGCCAGGCAUGGAACUGACCCCCAUGAACCCUGCUGCAAUGAGUCUGAAGGCCGCCACCAUCAAACCUGCACCACAGGUUCUGGACGAGUUGUGUCAGAAGAAUAACUGGGGUCAGCCUGUCUAUCAGCUCCACUCUGCUAUUGGCCCAGACCAGAGACAACUGUUUCUCUACAAGAUCACCAUACCAGCUUUGGCUACACAGUACCCCAACGUCCAUCCCUUCACCCCUGCUAAGCUCUGUGCGGCUGUAGAAGAAGCUAAAGUCCAUGCAGCUGAGCACACCUUGCAGACGCUCGGCCUGCAGACAGAGGGCGCCGCUGACGCCAGCUGUGCUACUGCUGCCGCUGUGGCCUCAGUAGCCUUUCCAGGUUACACUCUGGCGAGCCCGGCGGCGUCUGCGGUCGCCUCCCAGCUGAAGCAGGCUGUGUCUCUGGGUCAGGAUCUGACCACCUACACCACCUACGAGGGCUACCCUGCCUUUGCUGUCGCGACACGUCACACCGACGGAUACGGCGUUUUCUAGAAGAGUGGUUUCCAACAAGGAAAAAUAUCGUAGCUGAGGAUGCAUUCACACUAUACUGCUUUUUUGGUUGCAUUUUACAUUUUAAAUCAGUUAAAAUGUUUUCGUUUUUUUACUCAUUGUUGAUCACAGCGUGAACUUGCGGGGUUAUUUGUACGACAACAAAAGCAGAAUGGUGUGAAUGCACCGUUAUGCUGCUGGUUGCAUGGUGGCUGCUGUCCAACUGUGGAAUUUUGUCCUGUCACAUUUUGAAAAUUGUAACCCUAAAACAAUUUCAUCACCAGUCACAUCAUUUUCAGUCUUGUUAUUGUCUCUUUGCUAUUCCGCCUUUAUUUGAAUUAUGUGUCCAUACAUAUCUGUGAUUAUUUUUUAAGUAAUUUAGAAGCUAGCCUUUGAUUGGCAGUUUGAAAGUUUUAAUUAAUGUUUUUUCUUUUUUAGUUUGUUUGCCUGCUUCUAGUAGUAUGUUUACAAUAUUCAAAAACUGAAUCGGCUCAAUAGAUUUUGUUAUUUUAUGCUUUUUUGUAACUGCGUUAUUAUCUCUAAAAGCUGCCAUUUGUUGUUCUUUUGGAUGUCUUACACUUCCAACUGCAAAACUUUGUUUUACACCGUUUUGAAAAUUUCAGCGGUUUUCCUGGGAGGCUCAAACGGAUGGAAAAUAAGAUAACAGACAAAAAUCUGACGAUAUUUGAACAGAGUCUAGGGUUUUAAAAUGGGACACCUGUUGUAGAUCGCUGAGGUAUUCUGGACUUUCAGUUCUUUAAACUGUGAAUAUUAGGCCUUUUCCACCAACGUUUUGGUUCGUGCAGCUAGUUUGGAACCUUUCGGACCUGGAAAACUUGGUUCCCAACUGAAAAAAAACAGCAGGUUUUCCUUGGGAACCAAAGUGAGUGUGUCAUAUUCUACAGGUCAUCGUGCACUGUGCAGUGCCCUUUGUUGACAAUUGAUUGUUAAUUAUAAUGGUUCCAUUCAAAACCAGUGGAAAUGCAGGCACCAGCACCAAGGUUCCAAGAAUAUUGAACAGAACCAGUUCAAGAACCAGAGCUCAUUGGUUUUUAGAGUGUGCGCAUCCGAAAAGGAAUUUAAUUACCAUUGUGUCAUAAACUGUUAACAUAUGAGACCAAUUGUUGGACUAAAAUAUCUGAUGUGUUUUACGUAUACAAAAAGACAAAGCUUUCUAUCUCAGUCAACUUUUUUAAACACUUUAUUACGACUACCUGUAAUUCUGUUCUACUGCUAAUUUGAUUAAAUCUGAUCAACAUAUUAAAACAACACCUGAAUGUAAACCUCAGAACCGCAACAGAAACAUUGGCUGUCGAAAUGCUUCAGGUCUCCACGGUCGGGUGCGGACUUUCCCCUUUGAGUGAUAUUUCUUUACCAUGUUUCAGUAUUUUCAUGUUCACAUUGCGUGCUGUUUGUUCCACUUGUAUGAAAAAAAUCCAAUAAUUUUUCUUACUGUAAAACAAACUGUGACUUGGGCUAACAUAAGCUUGAACCAACUAGCUCCCAAUUAGGAAAGACCUUUGACGUCUGGGUCUCUUAAUGAUGGUUACAAAUAAGAUGGAGCAUUUUGUGAAUUUGACCUGAAUGAAAACUUCGUCAUUGUGACAACUCUUUAAAAUUUCAUUUGAAAUUCAAAAUGAUAAGAUUGGAACAUGAUUGUUUUUUUAGUGAGAAAAUGCACGUCUUUGUGGUGACUGUGAGUACGAGUUGUGUUGUGCACAAGUAGGACUACGCAGACGUCUCAUCAGCAGCACAGAUCAUUCAGUUCAAUUUGAUAUUUGUUUCUUCUAUUUGUUUGUUCCUGGAGAGUUUUACAAUUGAUGACACAUGCUGACAUCUGAGCUGUGAACAUGCCAAAGCAGAGACAGUAUUAAAGUGUGGGAAGCACUUAGAACUUAUUUUUAUACCAGUAAAAAGAAUAAAUAUCCAGACGCUAUUUGUGUGGAGAUGUUUUGCACUCUCUUUGCCUCCAUAAUUGACCUGGAAAGUAGAAAUGUGAAACUGAAUCAAUACUAAUCUGUGAUGAACAGAGAAUUGUGGGUAUUUGGAGGGUUUCAUAUCAUAAAAGGAAACUGCAUUGAUAAAUUGUCAUGUUUCAUGAUACAUAAUCUAAACCCUAAAUAAAGAAACAAAAAAAAUCUG